AGACGGUGAAAGCCUGGGCGAGAGCUGUCAGGGAGGGAGAGAUCGGAGUCUCCGCGGAACGGGCAGAAUACACAACCCGAGCACUGUUGGACUUUGGAUUGCUUUGAACCAGGAUAUUGAUAUCGAGCUAUUUUUAUUGCUUUGUCCGAAUUUUGAGACAUUUGUUAAGUUCAAUAAUAUUGCGUCGUUGGUGCAUGUGCAUUUGAACAUUUACAGUUUGCAUCUACCCCCUAAACCCGUGCCCAAUGCCGAGGAAUGGAUAGUGUGUCUGAGAAAGGUGGAAAGAUGGUCGAGAGUGAUGAGCAGUCGGAGAGGGAUAGUGGCGGUGGCGCAGCGAUGGCAGCUCUACACCAAUGCGAACUCAUCCAGAACAUGAUUGAAAUCUCCAUAUCCAGUUUACAGGGGCUCCGGACGAAAUGCGCCGCGUCCAACGACCUCACACAGCAAGAGAUACGUACUUUAGAGGUGAAGCUGAUGAAGUACAUUUGUAAGCAGCUGCAGUGUAAGCAGAAAGUGCCGGAGACAGAGAGGCCUCAGGCCUUGGACAGCUACCCACGGCUGGGGGACUGGCUGCGGACCGUCAACCUGAGACCUGAGCUCAUAGAGGCGGUGCCGGUGAAGCUGUCCUUGGAUGCCUUGCUGCAGAUGCCAGGUUCUCACGUGCGGGAGACCAUGAGGAGACUGGGCUCCAGUUUAGAGGAGUGUUCCAGGCUCAGCGCUGCCCUCUCCUGCCUGAAGAGUGCCACUGAAUCAGAUGGAGAGCUAAGAGAGGAUGGGGGGCCCUGGUUCUCUGAGCCCACCCGGCGAGAAAGUGGCUCUCUGCUGCUGCCUCCCGACCAGCUUUUGGGAGGGAUGGGGGGUCCAAUGCGCCCCCACAGCCCCUCUCCUCUUGCUCGGCCCCCCACCACCCCAUCCACUCCCUCCACCCCCUGCACCGCCUGUGCCCAUCCCCGGUCCUUCUCCGUGUCUACAAUGCCUGGUCCCGAGGCCCACGGGGCGUACGUUUACGCUGACAGCCCCCUCACAGACCCCUUCCCCCUCUCUGCCGCCCGACAGGGGCGACUCCACGGGCACAACUCCACCCCGCCCCUCACCCCGCCCUCCAAGAGACGCCACAGGCUGAAGCCCCCCUGCACCCCGCCGCCCCCCUCCCGCAAGGUGCUGCACCUUCUGCCCAACAUCACCCUGACUCGCAGCAAGAGCCACGAGUCCCAGCUGGGGAACCGCAUCGAGGAGCCGCCAACCAACAAGUGUGCAAAGAAGAAUAAGUUGUUCCUCAACGUUCAGAUCAAUGGGAAUGGCUGUGAGGACUCACCCUCCCGUUCCCCCCACCGGGCUGCCCGCACCCCUGGGGUUUCCACCCCUGCCCCCGCCCCCUACACCCUACCUGGCACCCCUACACUGAUGGAGGAGCAUUCAUCUCACCUCAAGAAUAACAUGGGGUUGCACCGUGGCUCCCCACAGGCAGUGAGGAGAGACAUAGGCCUGGCCGUCACUCACAGGUUUUCCACCAAGUCGUGGCUGUCCCAGACGUGUCAGGUCUGUCAGAAGAACAUGAUGUUUGGUGUGAAGUGUAAACACUGCAGGUUAAAGUGCCAUAACAAGUGUACUAAAGAAGCUCCCUCCUGCAGAAUCUCUUUCCUGCCAAUCACCAAAAUCCGGAGGACUGAGUCUGUGCCGUCUGACAUCAACAACCCUGUAGACCGGCCAUUAGAGACACCACAGUUUGGCACACUGCCAAAGGCCAUCACCAAAAAGGAUCACCCCCCUGCGCUGAACCAGUUGGACUCCAGCAGUAACCCGUCCUCCACCACCUCCUCCACACCCUCCUCCCCUGCCCCUUUCCAGAACCCUCCCAGUGCUACCCCGCCCCCCAACUCCUCACCCAAGGUCCACCGGGACAACCGCUUCCACUUCCCAGCUGCCUGCUACUUUCAGCAUAGACAGCAGUUUAUCUUCCCUGAUGUGUCCAGUUCUUCUACGUUGCACUCUGAAGCCCUCCAUGACACAGUUGAGACUGAACCAGCAGAUGACAUACACUCUGAACUGGCCGAGGAUGAGGACGGAGAGGAGGAAGAGGAGGAUGAGGAGGUGGUUGAACCUGAGAUCGACCCAGACCCAGUAGUGGAGGAAGAAGAUGAGGAGGAGGAAGAUGAUGAUGAUGAAGAUGGGGGUGGGAGUGAGAUGAAUGGGGGUUCGGAUGGUGAGUGUGAUGGUGAUGAGUUGGAUGACCUGCCCAACUCAAGGGGAGGUCGCUGGAAAGGUCCCAUCUCCCGUAAGGCCAGCCAGACCAGUGUCUACUUGCAGGAGUGGGACAUCCCCUUCGAACAGCUGGACCUGGGAGAGCUCAUUGGGAAGGGCCGUUGGGGCAAGGUGCAUAAGGGCCGUUGGCAUGGAGAGGUGGCCAUCAGGCUGCUGGAGAUAGAUGGGAACAACCAGGACCACCUGAAGCUGUUUAAGAAGGAGGUGAUGAACUACAGACAGACCCGUCAUGAGAACGUGGUCCUCUUCAUGGGGGCAUGCAUGGCCCCUCCCCACCUUGCCAUCAUCACCAGUUUCUGUAAAGGGAGGACACUAUACUCUGUCGUUCGAGACACCAAAAACACACUGGAUAUAAACAAGACGAGGCAAAUUGCUCAAGAAAUUGUAAAGGGAAUGGGCUAUCUGCAUGCCAAAGGCAUUGUCCACAAGGACUUGAAGUCGAAGAACGUCUUUCAUGACACCAAUAAAGUGAUUAUUACAGACUUUGGUCUGUUUGGAAUAUCUGGAGUGGUUCAGGAGGGGAGGCGAGACAAUGAGCUGAAGCUUCCACAUGGCUGGAUCUGUUACCUGGCGCCAGAAAUCGUACGCAGGAUGAGUCCUGGAAACAAUGAGGACCACCUGCCAUUCUCCAACGCUGCAGACGUCUACGCCUUUGGCACCAUUUGGUACGAGCUCCAAGCCAGGGACUGGCCUAUCACCAACCAGCCUGUGGAGGCUACCAUCUGGCAGGUGGGGAGUGGUGAGGGCAUCAAGAAGGUCCUGGCUGAGAUCAGCCUGGGAAAAGAGGUCACGGAGAUCCUGUCUGCCUGCUGGGCCUAUGACCUGAGGGAGCGGCCCACCUUCACCCAGUUGGCUGACAUGCUGGAGAAGCUGCCCAAACUCAACCGGAGACUGUCCCACCCUGGACACUUCUGGAAGUCUGCAGAGUACGUAUCCUAGAGAUGGAGGUAGAGGUAGAAGCAUGGGAGGAGUAUAUGUCCUGCCUGCCCUGAGAUGCACUCUGACCCCUGACUGGGCUCUGACUCGUCUGGAAUGGACUUGUGUAUAAAACAAAGGGGUUCAACUGAAGGCUUGUAAAGGAUGACCCCCAGAUUGCUGUGAGGUAUUAGGCCCACUGAUGUAAAACUAAUGGGGACCAGGCAGGGUAUGCCUGAGUAGACUCUUGGUAGUAGUUUAUGUUCAUAAUAUUCAUGAGCCACAUUAGCAUCUGAUGGUCCACUACAAAUACAUUGACCGCUGUAAUAUGAGGGAUGGUGAUUUACAUUUACAUUUACAUUUAAGUCAUUUAGCAGACGCUCUUAUCCAGAGCGACUUACAAAUUGGUGCAUUCACCUUAUGAUUUCUAAUGGUGAAUCAUUUAUCAUUUAGAAAUGAACCAUAUGUGAUGCUAAGGGAAUGUUCUUUGUUUUAUCUUCUGCUUUCCAAACUCUAUCUCCCCCAGGAUGUGACUGUGAGUUGAAUGCACUUUUGUGUUUAAAAGCAUUGUUUUGUCCCUCCCUUUCCUGGACUAUUUCCUGACCUGCUCUGUACCCCUACAUCUCCACACCCCUCUCCUCUUCUCAUAUGUUAGAUAUACAGUACCUGGUCCAGAUUUCUCUCCACCUCUCCUAUCAUCUCUCUCCUGCUCGUUCUCUGUAACUUCCUCAUUCACUACAUACUGCAUGUCUGUCACUCAAAGGCCCAUGGGUGGAGUCUUCUCUCACAUGAACCUGUUGUCCAGUAACAGCCACCAUCAGUUCAACAACUCUCUGCUAGUGGAACUGGCUUAACUACUGGUCUUCUGUUUGUAUGCAAACACACACUGGCCUCUUCCAACACUAUCAGGAAUGAUACCACAGAUGCCCCAACAAAGUCUGUCUGCAUAGCAUGCCAGAGCUUGAAUGGGAAGAGAAGCACUUACCAGCUUGCAUGGUGUUUGCCAUGGUCUGUUGGGACACUUUGCAUGGGCUUGUGAAUCCUGAAAAAGCUUUCUGUGAGAAAGCUCAUCUGAGUUUUCUGUGGUACAUAAAUCUGGACCCUUGUUUCAUGUUGAAGUAUUUACCUGUCUACUCUACUGCACUGGUCUUAUUCUCUCUUAAUGUUACACCUGUUAGCAUAGUUUCACCAACAGUCUCUAACCUCCAUGUUUUCCUUUGUUCUCUCUCUCUCUUUGUGUUUUCUGUCUUCCUAAUAUAGGUUGUAGCCGUCACUAUGAAAUAUAAGCAAUGCAAAACAAACAAAGCCUGGGUCUGCCUUGCAUGCUCCUGAAAUCCUUAACUCUUAGGAUUGAUCAAAACAUUGACUCUGCCUGAUACAGACACUGCUUCCACUAACCCACAGCCUGAUCUUCCAUGUCUAUUAAACUGUAGUGURUGGUUGUGUGGGAGWGAAGGGUSCUGGACUGAGGAGGRRYKGGGUAGUGCUUCGCUACCUCCCCUCAACUUUCCUUCCUUCAUCUCAAAACUUCUUGCCUUCAUUUUUAUUUUAUUUAUUUUUUGCUUUUUGGACUAUCUGAGACUUGUGACUAACUGGUUUGUGGUGUCUGUGAUAAGACUGACUGGUGUGCUGUGGCCUGUGCCUGGUGGCUGACGGCUGCUCUACUGUGUUCUGCACCGUCUGCAGCCUGCCCUGCUCUCUCUCCUCUCUGUGCUGCUGUGAUGUGGUUCUUCCUGCUGGGGGCUCCCAGACGACACGGCCCAGACACUCGCUGGGCCAAAACAAUGGUUUUAACUCCUAUCACAAAUGUACCUCUGCAUUCACUCCCUCCUCUUUUCUCAUUGUGGUCUUGAUGCUUCAGGCUGCUUGAGUGAUGUAAUCCAACUGCCUCUUGAUUCUUACCCCUCAGCUAUCUGCAGUUUUUUGAUGGCAUGCGCUGCGACACUGUCAUCGUGCUGGCCCAUGUCUGCCUUCUGGUCACUCAUUACCUGUACACAUUAUUUCAACAGGAGAAAAAAACUAUAAGUAACAAACUGUCACCUUUGGUUGUUGGUUCCUAUUUAAAGUAAUCAUUUUUGUAGUGUUUCUUUUUUUGUUCCAUGAAAUUUGAAAGGACAAAUGUCUCAGGAGUUGGGAGAGCAUGAUUUAAUUGACUCUUGUCUCCGUGUUGCUUGUCUGAGUAGAAUCUGAUGAAACCAUACAUUUGAAAACGGCUCAGUGCAUGAAUGACGAAUGAAUAUGUUGACAGUUCACAGGUGUCAGCAUGCAAUGGGACCUUCCUCUCAUCAUCUCACUACCCACUGGAAAUGGAAUUAUGUUGGUUAUUUAUGACUGAAGGUAUUUGAUGAUGAAGUGAGUGCCCUGAUUAUUAAAAGACGUAGGAGGGCGCCACAGAGAAGCAAGAGAUGCCUUCUAUCAGCCUGUGAGUGGUGUAGAGGUAGACCAUUCAAGUAGUUUAGUAGAUUCAUUCACAGUGCAAAAAUAAUAGAACAAGAGCCUGGCGCAAAAGUAUCCUAUAAUUUACUCCUUAAACAUGACCUUUUAUGCGCGCUUGUGUGUAUUAUGUUUGUGAUUGCUUGCCUCAGUUGGUGUGCUGGUGUUUGUGCGAGUGAGUGUAUUGUAUUGGAACAUGUAGGGUUGAUUUAGUGAAAGACUGCAGUAAAUGUUAUAUUGACGAUAUCAGUGGUAUCUAAGAUAGACAUGUAUAUACAUUAUUUAAUGUACAGCUAAUUAACACGAUUAUUGUAAUAUUUGUACAAACAUUUUAUAUGUACUAUACAUCAUUGCAUUUUUAAAUAGGUACUGCCCCCCUAUUACAGAUGUAUAUAUAUUUAUAUUUUUUCAUGUACAAAAUACUGUAAAAAUACUGUACAUUUUUUUUGAAUGUUUUUUAUGUCAUGUAAAAAUUCAUAUUUUUGUAUUGCAUGUGGCUACCAUUCUGUAAACACAGUUUCUGUUUUCAUCCUUGAAAGACAAUAAAAUGAUGCUUGUCAUGU